AUGGAGAUUUUGAACCCAACAGAGGCGAGUUUCAUGGUGGAUGAUGAACUUUUGAACUUCAAUUUAGAAGAGGAAGAGGAAGAACAGAAACCCGUUUUCAAUUUGAAAGGCCAUUUUUCUUCUUCUCAAUCCACAAACCCGUCGACAACAAUUACUCGAACCGAAACUCAAAACGCUUCGUUUCCUGAAUUUGUGGAGGAAGAAUUGGAAUGGUUAUCCAACAAGGACGCGUUCCCAUCCGUGGAAACAUGCUUUGGCAUUUUGUCCGACAAUCCGGAACUUAUGUUGAACCGCCAGAGCCCGGUAUCAGUUCUUGAAAGCAGUAGUAGCAGCAGCAAUAGCAAUACCAAUAGCACAAUGAAUGGAAGCACCGUUGCGAGCUGGCGUGGCAGCUUUAAAUUCCAAGGUAACUACCUAAGUCGUGCCCGUAGCAAGAGACAGAGAAAAAGAGCUGGCUUCGGCGAUUUUCCCAGCCAGCAAUGUCUAUGGUCGAACAAAGUUAAGGUCGAGAACAAAAAGCAAGAAUCAUUUUCACUGCAACCAUCACCAGUGAUGGUGCAGAAUGGAGCUGGUAUGGGGAGGAGGUGCUUGCAUUGCCAAGCUGACAAGACACCACAGUGGCGAGCAGGCCCAAUGGGGCCAAAGACACUUUGCAAUGCUUGUGGGGUGCGAUACAAGUCCGGUCGCCUCCUGCCUGAGUACCGUCCUGCAAGUAGUCCGACGUUCUCGAGCACCUUGCACUCGAACUCUCAUAGGAAGGUGGUUGAGAUGAGAAAGCAGAAGCAGAUAGGACCAGACGGAAUUGUGGCAAACGAGACUUGUGGAUAUAAGGAAAAUGUUUGGCAUGGUAGAAAUUGA